AUUUACAAUACAGCACAGCCAGCGGUUUUAGUCCAACCGUUUUGGAACAACAGUUUCGGGACGCGGCUUUGUAAACAUGACAAGUGAUAACGUAAAAAUUACCGAGGGCACAUCGAGUCUCAUUUUAGUAUCACCAUUCACAGAUGUGGAUUAAAGUGUCGAUCGUCCCUCGAUAUCACCGCCCCUACUGUGAAACUACAGUUUUACUAAGAAACGGCGUUGAAAGUCAUACAUUUUUUUUAAAGCAGCAUAUCCUGAAAGUGCUCUUCGCUGGUGCACUAGCGCCAUGAGUAGCGCACUUGAUGACUCAAAGACAACAGAGUUAAGUAUGGACCACGAACUCUACACUGUACAGAGUCCUUCUGAGGAUAUUAAAGAUGGCCCAGAUCAUGCAGAAUACAUUUAUAAAAUGUCAAAUGAAGAAUUUGUUAGAUUCGUGAAGUUGCGUGUGACCAACGACUCACUUUUCACUGGGAAGAGAAAUUCUUCUACUCUGGCAUAUAGAGCCAUCCUGAAGGAGUUGGGUCUGCAGAGAGAUAUUUCUGCCAGCCAGGCAAGGAGAAAAUGGGAAAACCUUAAAAUGAAGUAUAAGGACAUGAAGAAUCCCCCACCUGGGGUCUCGGUGAACCCCACCAACUGGCCCUGGUUCUCGCUGCUGGACGAUGCCAUGGAGGGUCGACUGGCAGGAAGUGAAGUAACUCUUGAUACUUCCUCGGUGGGCGAUGACAGCGAGUAUCGCCCGAACAACUCCACGCGCAGACGGAGCAAGAGAGCGCGAGAGCCGGACAGAAGCGAGAUCGAGCUGUACGUCGAGGAGGAUGACAUAAUGUCAGAGGAGAUGGGGCGAGACAGAGGGGAGAUGGACAGAGACCGGGAUGAGAUGGAACAAGAAAGAUCCAUCCUGGAGAGCGACAAAGCCGCCAUUGAAUACGAGAGGAUGGUCUUGGAACGAGAGAAGAUGGUCCUGGAUAGAGAGAGAGCAGGAGUGGAGAGAGAACUUGCAGCGUUGGACAGAGACAGAGCCUCUUUGGAAAGAGAGAAGGCUGCUGUGGAGAGGGACAGAGCAUCUGUGGAGUACAUCCGAGCUCAGCUGGAAAAGGAGAGAGCAAUUUUAGAUAGAGAAAGAGCAAAGCUUGAGCGAGAGCGAGCUAUCUUAGAACAGCAGCAUGGGACCUCGACAGGGGGGGAGACGUUGGAAUUGAGUGACAAUCCAGAGGGAACUGACAACACCAUUCCUUUGGUCAUGGAACCAGCAUCCUUAGAGAGAAGACAGAAAUUCCUCAACCUGUUUGAAAAGCUUAUCGAAAACUUCUGAAACCAAAUUUAUAAACAGGACCGUAUACAGACGUAACCAACUUUUUUACACCUUUUGUUCGAUGUAAAAUUUUGUUUUCUGUUGCCAAAAAUGUAUUGUGUUAUUCUACAGUGAUUGACUUAUGAUUUAUAGUUAUGAGUUACAUCCAUUAUAGUUGAUCAUAUUUGUCGCUGUGUUUGUUCUACAAGUCAACACGUUAUAAACAAGCAUUUUGAAAGCUG